AUGCUUGCGGCUGACCCUUCUGCUCAGCUGCGCCCACUAGUCCAAGACCUCUAUAUCUUUCCUGAUACCUACCUAUUUGGCAGUUUUCAUGGUAACCUCUUCACUGGGAAGGAGUCGGACAUUAUUCGCCCUCACCCACAGCAAGCCGUCGAUCUGCAGGAGCAACUAACAGGCCCGUUUCGUCAGGUUGCUCAGGCGUUCAUCUUCAAGCCUGGUCUUAUUCAGGAGCGGUUGCAUAAGAGAGCGAGCGCGACGUGA